AUGGAGGCCAAGGCCUACUGUGCCUAUAAUAGUUUUCCUGAACGAGGGCUCUGGGGGUGCAAGGAAGAUUCUCCGCUUGAAGCUGGAGAUGUCAUUCUUGAAGUUAACGACAAAACUGUAGUAUCACUUUCAACAAAAGAGGUGCUCAAGUGCCUGAGGUUAUCCAGCGAUGUAGUUACAUUGAAAGUGAAGAAAGAUGCCAAAAUAAAAGAGCGGGUCCAUAAUCACAUGGCGGCAUCGAGUGAGCUUGAAGCACUGAGACGAUCCUACAUAAAAGAAAACUCCAACUCUUCUAGCAACGGUCAUAUAGAUGUACAGCAAAAGCCCAACUCUCCGAAACAAUUUCAAACUAAUGGUGAUACUAGCGAAAAUGGAGAAAACAUUCCCCCAUCUCCAACAAUACAUAACUCUCAUACGAGGCAGCCACCUCAGCCAAAAUUUGAGACUUUUAUGAUGACUGGAGAUUUAAUCAUCAAAACUAAAAGCAGCAAUGCAGGUUUCAUCUUACCAAAAAGCAAUAUUAAACAAUCAGGAGAAAAUAGCAACAACACAGAGCGAAAUGUAACAUCAAAUCAUGACAGAGAAGAAAGUGAUUUAAACAGAGGAAGAACAACAAAGCGGGAAGCAUCAGACUCUCAAAGCCCUGUAGUUGAAAAGAAGGGCAGCUUUAGUUAUGGUGGAAAUUUUGUGCGGACUUCUAGAAGUGAAGAUUUUUUACAAAAGUCAUCUGUUGCUACUGUUAGUAUCGACAUUGAUGAUGAUAUUGCCACAUCAUUGAACAAUCUGUUGGAUACUAAUAAAGACAAUACCUCAACGGAUAAAGUCGUUUGGUCUUGCAAUACACCUGUAAGUGCCACUGGAAGUGGAGUGCUUCCUAGUCCUUCUAGUUCUGAAAGUUUACCAAAUAGCAACUCACUCGAAAGGUUCAGCCAAUUUGUACACAUUCCUGCUUCUAAAAACAGUACUCAUUCUGAUGAAAAUCUAGUCAGUGACAAUCUUAAGACCAUGAUUACUACAUCAAAUAGACAGCGUUACGCACCUCGCAGCAUCCAGCCAAAGCAAGAUGGUGUGACUAAUAUUAUGAUCGAUGAGAAUAAAAUUUAUGUUCAAGUUUUACCCAAUCAAACCGUGUCAGAUGAAAACACUAUUUGCUUUGCAGCAAACAAUAAAAUGCAACAUAAAAGCUCAAGUGAUGAAUCACCUACUAACUUAAAAAACAUUGAAAAUGGCGGCGAACCUCGAACUGAUGAAUCUUCUCCCGCUGCUGGAGAAAGUAAAAGAUGUUAUUCACCGGAAGAUGAAUCUGAUGUUGAAAGCCUGAGUAGUUUUCAUUACAGUCCAAAAGCUAUUGACAUGCCCUCAGCUUCUCGUCUUGCUAAGCGUCUUUUCAAUCUUGAAGGUUUUAAAAAAUCAGAUGUUUCAAGGCAUCUAUGUAAAAAUAAUGAUUUUAGCAGAGUGGUAGCUGAAGAGUAUUUGAAAUUCUUUGAUUUCAAUGGAGAGAUGCUGGACGUUGCUCUAAGAAAAUUUCUAAAGCAGUUUUGCCUUAUUGGGGAAACACAAGAAAGAGAACGAGUGCUGGUCCACUUUUCAAAACGUUUCCUGGACUGCAAUCCUGGAGCUUUUAAGUCACAAGAUGCAGUACACACACUUACUUGUGCCCUAAUGCUCCUAAAUACAGAUUUGCAUGGAGAGAAUGUUGGCCGAAGAAUGACUUGUGCAGAAUUUGUUGAAAAUUUAGCCGAGUUGAAUGAAGGUGAAAACUUCUCCAAGGAAGUCUUGAAAUCUCUGUACCAUUCAAUCAAAACUGCAGCUCUAGAAUGGGCAAUAGAUGACGAGGAAGAAACAGCUAACAAUGAGGAACAUCCACCAAGUCAAGACCAGAGGCCAAGUUUUAUAGGGCACAAUCCAUUUCUGGAAGUACCUAAUCCAAAUUUUGCUACUGAAUACAAGAAAGGAUAUGUAAUGAGAAAAUGUUGCAUUGAUCCUAAUGGAAAGAAAACACCCAUGGGCAAACGUGGAUGGAAAAUGUUCUAUGCUGAUUUGCGAGAUUUAGUGUUGUAUCUUCAUAAGGAUGAAAAUGGUUUCAGAAAGAAUCAAUUGUAUGAUAGUCUUCAUAACUCAAUCCGAAUACAUCAUGCUUUAGCAACAAGAGCAACAGACUACACAAAAAAACAGCAUGUAUUUCGCCUCCAAACUGCUGAUCAAGCUGUUUAUCUUUUUCAAACAAGUGAUUCUAAGGAGCUCCAAAGUUGGAUUGACACAAUAAACUAUGUUGCUGCAUGCCUUUCAGCCCCUUCACUUUCAGGAGCGGUUGGAUCUUCUCAAAAGAAAUUCCAGAGACCAUUAUUACCAGUAGCACCAACCAAGUUAAAUUUUCGAGAACAGUUACUAGAAUUAGAAAGCAAAGUCAUGAAAUUAGAAAAAGAAAUAGAAGAGCAUAUAUCUCAUCCUCCUGAUCGUAGUGCCAAAUCAAGAGUUGUGCAUGAAUUUGUUGAAAAGGAAAAUUUUCUUCAGUAUGAGCUGAAGCGGUAUCGUACUUACAUAUUUCUUCUGAGGUCCAAAAUUGCACAGUUUCCAGAACUUGAACCGCCCCUUGUGGAGACAUCCAUUGGUGAAGUUGACGAGAAUUUAGAGAAAAGUGAUCAGAACCUUGUGCCAACUCUACCUUCUGUGGACAAUGUUGGCAGUACCAAGAGGAGCUUGUCCGAUAGAUUCAGCUAUCGAGCAGCAAUUUACAAAACUGGUGCUUCUGAAGAAG